AUGAUUCGUCCUCAGAGCCGGCGCCAGGCUUCCCUGCAUGUUGCAGCAAUUCGCAAUUGGAAGUUUUACGCGACGACGCUCAAUUUCCCCGCUGACUUCGAGGUGACGACGGCGUGCCAAGUUUAUGAAAGUUGGAUUGUGGGCGAUGUUGAAACAGCCUGGGAUGACGCAGGACCAGCCUCUUCUCCACUGCACCUAGACCGUGUUCCGGAGGCUCCAACAUGGCACCAUGAAGCCCCAUUACUCGCGUCCAAAAGUGACAGCCUGCCAACUGCGACGGCGCCACUGGGCGGCCUCGAGUUCCAGAUUUAG